CCUCAGGCCGGCGCAGUCACGUGACUAGGCGCGCCCGCCCGUUGUGGCCAUGGCGGCCUCAGGCUCCGGUGUGGUGAGGCGAGUGGAGGAGCUCGGGGACCUGGCUCAGGCCCACAUACAACAACUUAGCGAAGCCGCCGGCGAAGAUGAUCACUUUUUAAUUCGGGCCUCUGCAGCUCUAGAAAAAUUGAAACUUCUGUGUGGAGAAGACAAAGAAUGUUCAAAUCCAUCAAAUCUUCUUGAACUUUACACACAGGCUAUUUUGGACAUGACAUAUUUUGAGGAGAACAAGCUAGUAGAUGAAGAUUUUCCUGAAGAUUCUUCACAAAAAGUAAAAGAGUUGAUCAGUUUUCUUUCAGAACCAGAAAUUUUGGUUAAAGAAAAUAACAUGCAUCCAAAACACUGCGAUUUGCUUGGGGAUGAACUCCUGGAAUGUCUCUCUUGGAGACGAGGAGCCCUACUCUACAUGUAUUGUCAUUCUCUGACCAAAAGGAGAGAAUGGCUCACAAGAAAAUCUAGCUUGCUUAAAAAGUACCUUGUUGAUGGAAUCAGUUAUUUGCUACAGAUGCUGAAUUUUCGGUGUCCCAUCCAGUUAAAUGAAGGAGUUUCUUUCCAAGACCUAGACACAGCUAAAUUACUGAGUGAAGGAAUAUUUAGUGACAUUCAUUUGCUGGCUAUGAUGUACAGUGGAGAAAUGUGUUAUUGGGGAUUGAAGCAUUGUGCAGAUCAACAGCCAGAAAAUCAUGAAGUGGAUACUGGUGUUUCUGGAGCAAGCUACACUACACACAAAGAACCUUUGGAUUUCCGAGAAGUAGGAGAAAAAAUUUUGAAAAAGUAUGUAUCUGUGUGCGAAGGACCCCUGAAAGAACAAGAAUGGAAUACAACAAAUGCAAAACAAAUUUUAAACUUCUUUCAGCAUCACACUAACUAGGGUGAGUGUUAAAGGCCGAGAGCCCCACCUGGUAUCUUGCUGACAGUCUUUCUGUCUACCUCAGUUCCUGUUGUCGUCUUGGGAUGAUCUGUCUGAUACCUUGCCAGUAUCCUUCACCUCUGGGCCGUUGACUUCAUCACAUUCCAGGAACUUAACUCCCACGGCCUCAACAUGAAUAUCACCAUCCUGAGUUUCUCUUUCUGAAAUCUUAAAUUUCAAUAGCUAAUGACAUUCUUAUCUUUCCAGUUUUUUACUUCCUCAUUUUGAUUGAUUCUUCUCCCUCUUAUUUCUUUUGUAUCUCUUUAGCUUCCUCAUAGCCUCCUCCUCUUGCUGCCCCCUUUUCUCCUCACCAUCAGCCUCUUUCAGAUUUUCUUCCUUCCCUGUCCAGCCUUGGCCUUAUGGGGCACCAUAUGACGUGCUCUCCACAGUCCCUUCAAAUCCAUCUUCCCGUGGUCUUUCAGCCUAAUCAUUCUGCAGUCCCUCAACAUUGAAUUAAUCCUAUCGUUCCACCUUCUUUUUUGGGGAUGCUGAGUUCCAUGUGAAGUUCCUGCAGCUCCUUCAAAGUGGAAUCACUCUAAGUGUCUUGCCUUCAGCUUUAGAAGAGCCCUCAGUGUAAGCCUUUUGUCUGUUACUAGUAUGGCCCCUGUCCCUUUCCCACUGUGGCUAAUCCAAACUUCUGACUUGCCUCAUCACUCUCCUCUGGCCCUUUGUCCCCUCCCCUAGCACAUGGCUGUUGGUCCUGUCUUACAGAAAAUAGAGACUAUGAGGAGGUCAGUGUUUGUUCACCCAUUUUGCCCUGCUCAUGUCCCCGCUUUGAGGAGGAAAAGAGGUAUCCUGCUUCGUGUUGAAGACUAGUGUCCACGUUUCCUCUCUGCCGGCUCCCUCAUUCCCCCGACACUUCUCUUUUUUCUGCCAAUAUCCUGUACGUAUUGCUCUUUUCCAGAGUACUGUUUUUUCUUUUUCCUCCCUCUUCUCCCAUUUUUCCUUCCUUCCUUCCUUUCUCCCUUUUUUCUUUUUUACUUACUCUAAAUACAGUUGACCCUUGAACAACACAGGUUUGAACUACGUGGGUCUACCUACACGUGGGGUUUUUUUCAGUAGUAAAUACUACAGUACUACACAAUCAGUGGUUGGUUGCAUCUCCGGAUACAGAGGAAUUGCAGAUAUGGAGGGCUGACUAAAAGUUAUAUGCAGAUUUUUUUUUUUUUUUUUUCCGGUACACGGGCCUCUCACUGUUGUGGCCUCUCCCGUUGCGGAGCACAGGCUCCGGACGCACAGGCUCAGCAGUCAUGGCUCACGGGCCCAGCAGCUUCGCGGUAUGUGGGAUCCUCCCGGACUGGGGCACGAACCCACAUCCUCUGCAUCGGCAGGCGGACUCUCAACCACUGCGCCACCAGGGAAGCCCUAUAUGCAGAUUUUUGACUGCUAGGAGGAUUGCACCCCUAACUCCAUCAUUGUUCAAAGGUCAACUGUGCAUUUAUGUGAUGUUAUUGAUAGCCACAGCUUCUAUCACCUGUAAUGUUAGGCUGACUCCCAAACCUGUAGCUUGAAACCCAGCUUCUGCUUUCUAAACCUUCUUUCUAACUGCCUAUUAAAUAUCUUCACUUAGACAUCCCAUAGUAAUUUUAAAUUCGAUAUGUUCAAACAACUAAUCCUUACUUUUCAUCUAAAAUCUUUUCCAGUUCAUGUUUUCUCUUUUUUUGAUCUUCCACGAAGCAGGGCAACACAGAAUGCUGUAACCUACUUCUGCCUACCGUGCCAGCCACAUCUCUGCAGCUCUUCCUGUGUGAUCAUUUUCUAGUCCAGUGUUCCUUAGGCUCAUUUUUGAUCAACAUUCUGAUGGAGCUGCUUGGGACAAGGAGAGUCUCUCCCUAUCUCUGCCUUUGUCUCCUUGUUUAUCCUUACACAGCUAAGAAGAUUUUUAUUUAACUUAGCUUUUACAAGUUUUGCUAUGAAAAUAACCUUUGUGCUUUCUAAGUAUAAAUGUUUAAAUCACAGACUGCCCACCCUCACCCCACCCUUUUUGGAGAAUCAUGAUCAAUCACAAGUAUACUAGUUCCUUCCCCAAUGUGCUGUGUGUAUUUUUUCCUCAAUAUCCUCGUUACUUCUGGCUGGAACACUUUGCCCUUCUUUGUAGUCAAGUGAAUACCUAUUUAUCCUUUAGGACUCAGCUCCAGUGAUAUUGGAUCCAUAAGGCUUUUUCCAGCCCUUUUCAGUCAAAGUUACAUGUCAUUCUGCUUCUGCUCCCUGAAACUUCCCCAACCCAUGUUAUCACACUGAUCACAUUGCUUUAUAGUCAUUUUUCUUAUGAGUUGGCAAACUCUAUAUUUUAAAAAUGUAUCUUUAUGUAUAGUGCUUAAUGAAUAGUAGGCCCUUAGUAAUGUUUUUGAAUUAAUAAGAGGUAUGAUUCUUAAGUGCUGAAGUCUGCCACAAAAGGGUUACUGCUCUUGGAUUCCAAACUGCCCUGACCUCUGUACCAGUGGUUGACAAGGCCAAGAGGGAAUUACUCCUCAGAGGAGUAAAGUAUCAUUUAGAUCUAGAACCAGAGAAAAGUAGAGAGCUUUCUCUUCAGAAGCUGGGAACUCCAUUUUGUCUUCAUGACCCUGUGAACCACUUGGGUCUCUCACUGGUUGGUACACUAAUGGGGCUACUGUUGGGUGCUUUUUGUACAACUUUUUCAUCCCCCACACAAUUGGAGAAUAAUUUGUAGACCAUAACAGUUAUAAUGCUUUUUACUGUGAUGUAUUACAAAACAAUGGACAGUACAUUUUUGUAUGUGUUAAAGCCUGCUAUGUAAAUUCUGUUUCAUUUAGAAUGGAUUAACUUCAAAAUACCAAAUACUCCACAUAAGAAAAGUACUAUAAUUACUGUAAUUCACUCAUCAACAACUAUUAUGUGCCUAUUACAUGCUAGGUUUUAUCCUAGGCACUGAGUAUAUAGCUUUGUAAAACACCAGAGUUUGUUUUCUAGUGGAGGAAGUUAACGCAUUUUAAGAAAUAAAUGUGUAGCUUGGUGAGUGAUGAGUGCUAUGAAGAAUAAAGCAGGGCAUGGGGCUAAUGUGACUCAAGAGGGGUGCUGUUUUAUUUAGGGUGGUUGGGAAGGCACCUGUAAGCACCUGUCCACUUCAGCAUUUGGCUCUACCCCUCUGGUUGAAUACUGUUCAGUGUGCCAUUGCACAUUCAGUAUAUUCAUGAAGUUUCUCUUUCUUAUGGAAGUUUUGAUGAUGAAUUAAACAAUGAAUCACUACCUAAGAACUUCUCAUUUUGAUCCCAUUUAAAGGGUUUCUCUCCAGUGUGGCCCUUACUAAUGGGUAAGUGAUAACCUAAAGACCUUGUAGCAUUUAUUACACUUGCAGUUUCUCUCCAUUUUGAACUCUGAUGGUUACUAAAACUCUGUUAAAGGAUUUUUCAUAAUCCUUAAAUUUGUAUGGUUCUUUUCCAUUAUGAAUUUUCUCAUGUUAUCUAGGCUUUGAGACUUAGUUAAAGGCUUGUUUGCUUUGCUGCAUUUAUAGGGUUUCUGGCUACUGUAAAUUGUUUGAUGCUGAUUAAGGUGCAGAUCAUGAGUGAAGACUUUCCCUUACUUGUUUGCAUACAGUAGAGUGAGGUGAGAGUCAUUGGCUAAAACCCCACAAUGAAAUUUACAUUCCUGCCUUUACAGUCAGUCCCACUGGGAAUUCUCUGAUAUUCAUUAAAGUGGGAGAUUCAUUUUAAUGCCAUUUUUUAAAAACCCACAGCUGGCUUAUAUGCUAGUUUUAGAUUGCUUGUCACUUUUCUCUCUCCACCUUCCAGGGCUCCUUUUCUGACUCCCAUAAGGAUACCCCUUCUACCACAGAAUACAGGAUUCCAUAGUUUUCUAGUAUCACCUCCUUGUAUUAUUUUUUUUAACACAAUAUGAGCUAUCAUGGAAGUAUUACAUUAACAUACAUUUAAUGUAUCCACAGUUAAAAUAUGCAUUAUGUAUUUGUGCUGCUGUUCCUUACUGUUUUUUAUUUUCCUACUUCUAGUGAAAAUUUCCAAGUAAAAUGUUUUGGAGCAUAUAAAAUUAAAAAAAAAUAAAACCAUAGUCCCAUA